AUGUCUGGCUCUGAGCACACUUUGGAUGGAAACCAGUCUCUUUGCACUACAAUAACAUUUGUGGCUUUUUCUUCUCUGGCAGAGUUACAAAUUGUACUCUUUGUUUUGUUCUUAAUCAUGUACUUAUUUAGUGUGGGAGGAAACCUCAUCAUCAUCUGUCUGAUCUGGGUCACCCCUUCCCUGCACACUCCCAUGUAUUUCUUCCUGGUGAACCUCUCCUUUUUGGAGAUGUGCUACAUCACCAGUGUGGUGCCUCAGAUGCUGGUGCACCUGCUGGUGGAGAACAAGACCAUAACCCUGGGGGCCUGUGCAGCCCAGAUGUAUGCAUUUUCAGUUUUGGGAUUGACGGAAUGCUGCCUGCUAGCCACAAUGGCUUAUGACCGAUUUGUUGCUAUUUGUCUCCCACUGCAUUAUACUGUCCUGAUGAGUCUUCCUGUCUGUUUGAAAUUAGCUGCAGCAUCUUGGAUCACUGGGCUGGUCAUGGAGGCAGCUCAGAUCAGCUGGAUCUUCAGUCUCCCCUUCCGUGGAACAGGAAAGAUUGAGCACUUCUUUUGUGACAUCAUGCCUAUAGUGACACUGUCUUGUAUUGAUACUUCUGAAUACGAGAUGGUUUUUUUUUUUCUUUCUUUGACCUUUAUUAUGAGUCCUUGUCUCCUCAUUCUGCGCCCCUAUGUGCGCAUCCUGGUGACCAUCUUCAGCAUCCCUUCAGCAGCUGGCCGGCAUAAAGCUUUCUCCACGUGUUCCUCUCACAUCCUGGUCGUUUCUCUGUUCUGUGGCACAUCUUUGUUCACUUAUCUCCAACCCAAGAAUUCACACACUCCUGACACAGACAAGGCCACGGCACUCAUGUACACAGUGGUCACACCUGCUCUGAAUCCUGUCAUCUAUACUUUGAGAAACAAAGAAGUAAAGGAAGCCUUUUAUAAGGUAACACACAAGAACUCUCUUAAACAAAUGGACUAA